CGUCCCUCCGCUGCAGAGGCUCCACGGCUCGCUGUCAGGUGCGGGUCAGACAGACUCCACUAUCAUAUUCGGCGACCACCCGUCCAUACACUGACUGUAUUUCAGUGUAUGCCAAAGGAUUUUUACCACUCUGUCUUUAUGAAUUGCGACUGAUAAAUCCUCUAAGGUUGGUGUGGAGUUUUGUAACAAAAGAAUUCCUGUGUGCACUGGAAUAUAUCAGCCGAAAAUGAGGAUCUGUUGAGCAACAUACUGUGCGUGGAUGCCUUCGACCCUUGCUGGAUGAUUCCGUCUCUGUGAUGAAAGGCUUAUCCAGCAGCCGCAGCCACCACCACAUGGUGACCUGUGACCCCUCUUUAGACUCCAUGGGUCACCACUUGGACCACAAGCCCUACCUCAUCAACCAGAUCGACAGCCCCCAUCCGGUCGACCACUCUUACUACUCCCAGAGAAGCCCUUACCAGCCUGACUGUGUGGUGCCUUACGGGACCUUCCCUCGCCGACACUAUAGCUCUCAGCAUGAGCUGAAGGACGAGACCGCUGUGGUUCCCUACACCGGGGGAGGGGUUCCAGCCAGCAAGAGCCAACAGCGUCUCCCCAUUGCUCUGUUGGAUCAGUUCGACCGACAACUCCCUGUGCCUCGGGAUGGCUAUCACACGUUACAGUACAAGCGUGCCGCUGCAGCCUUGGAGCAACGGAGUGACAGCCCUGGCCGAAUCCGGCACCUGGUGCACUCUGUUCAGAAGUUAUUCACCAAGUCCCAUUCACUAGAGGGCCCACACCAUGGUCACGGCCACGGCAAAGGCAGCAUCAACGGAGGCAAGGCCAGCCCCGACGGAGAACCCCCUGCUAUUCGGCACCGCAAGCGCAGCAAGAGCCGGGAGCGCUGCAAAUCAGCUGAACCUAAGAACAGGACGCCACCUUCUGGCUACUGGAGCUCAGAUGAAUUGGAACGCGAGGCCUGCCUAUUUCAUCAUGGACCACCGGGCGUCAUGACCAUGGGCCGUCACCCAGACAAGUCGCAGUCACAAUACUUCUUGGAAGCCUACAACACCAUCAAUGACCAGGCACUUAAAAACUCCCGCAGCAGCAAUGAUUUGGGCAAGUGCUCGACGUGCACAAGCAUCCCGCUGAGUAUGGAUGCUUCACAGCUCAUGAAGAAGAGCUCGUGGUCGUCCUCUCUCACGGUGAGCAGAGCACGUCAAGUCUACCAGAAGGCCUCGGUAAAUGUAGAUAAGGCUCUAAUGAAAGCAGAGGCUUGUCAGCAGGAGCGAUCAUGCCAAUUCUUGCAGGUCCCUCAAGACGAGUGGGGAGGCUUUCCACUGGGGAAAGAUGAGGAUAUCCCAUGUAGACGCAUGCGCAGCGGGAGUUACGUCAAAGCCAUGGCAGAGGAUGACAGCGGAGACUCAGACGGCAGCCCUAAACCCUCACCCAAAAUGCAGGCACGACGGGCCAGCUACCUCAAAGCCACCCAGCCAUCACUGACAGAGAUGACCACUCUGAAUAUCUCCACAGAACACUCUCCAAAGCUGCAGAUCCGGAGUCACAGUUACUUGCGGGCAGUGAGUGAAGUUUCCAUCAAUAGGAGCAUGGACACCCUGGACCCCAAAUCUCUGCUAGCCUCUCCACAAUACCGCUCACGCAACGAGAGCUACAUGAGGGCUAUGAGCACCAUCAGCCAGAUGAGUGAGGUUGAGGUUAACGGGCAGAUCGAGGCAAUGUGUGAGAGUCUGUUCAGUGAAAUGGAGUCACAGGGAGUGGACACCCUGGACCUUCCCAUGCCCGGGUGCUUCCGCAUGAGGAGUCACAGUUACGUGCGUGCCAUGGACCAGGGCUGCUCACAGGACGACGACGACGGGCCUUUGCUCCCAGCUUCCCCCCCGAGAACCACCACUACAGUCAGAACCAUCCAGAGCAGCACAAUAUCAUCAUGUAUCACCACCUACAAGAAGACUCCUCCGCCGGUACCUCCUCGCACCUCCACCAAGCCAUUCAUCUCCAUCACGGCCCAGAGCAGCACUGAGUCUGCGCAGGACGCUUACAUGGACGGUCCCGGGACGAGGUGUGAGCCCGUCCUCCACUCUGGCCUGAGCAAUUCCACUGAGAGCAUUGACAGCAUGAAAGCGCUGACGGCAGCCAUCGAGGCAGCCAAUGCUCAGAUCCACGGCCCUGUCAGUCAGCAUGUCAGCAACAGCACCAUCACCAUCAGCACUACACCCCCCUCUCCGCUGCCCAUGCCUGUGCCCGUCCCCAUACCCAUACCAGCCCUGGAAGACGUGCGCAGGGAUAUGCUCAGGAAGAGCAGGUGCCUUUCCAUUGGCAUCCAGGUGGAUGGGCCUGAGAACCAGGAACUGGAGGACCAGUCCAAGUUUCAGUCAGUGGGGAUUCAGGUUGAGGAAGAGCAUGGUCACCGGCGGUUCAAGCGCUCUAACAGCGUGACGACAGCGGUCCAGGCUGAUCUGGACACUCCGGACUACACACCAGCUGACUCUUCUGUAACAGAUUUCCCCUCCUCGGGCUGCUUGUCGCGGCAGUACUCGCGUGAUGCCGCCACCUCCACCGUCAGCAUCCAGGGCUCAGGGAAUCACUACCACGCCUGCAACUCAGAUGAGUAUGAGGACGUUGGCUUUGAUCCCUCCAUCCUGCCUCCACCUGACCCAUGGAUUGAUAGUGUAACAGAAGAUCCACUGGAAGUCGUAGGCCGCUCUGUGUGUCAGCGUGAUGGCCACUGGUUCCUAAAGCUGCUGCAGGCAGAGACUGAACGUAUGGAGGGCUGGUGCAGGCAGAUGGAGCACGACGAGAAGGAGAACAAGCUACCUGAUGAGAUCCUGGGGAAGAUCCGCAGUGCAGUGGGAAGUGCACAGCUGCUUAUGUCCCAGAAGUUUCAGCAGUUCAGGGAACUGUGUGAGGAAAAUCUGCAGAACCCAAAUGCUCACCCCCGGCCAGUGGCUCAAGAUCUCGCAGGAUUCUGGGACAUGCUUCAACUUUCCAUUGAGAAUAUCAGCUUAAAGUUCGAUGAGCUUCACCAACUCAAAGCCAACAACUGGAGACCCCUCGACCCCCCUGAAAGAAAGGAGAGAAGGCUGCCUCCCCCAGUGCCAAAGAAACCCCCGAAAGGCCACCCUCCUCUGGCCAGAGAUCGCUCGCUGGAAAGCACCGAGAAACAGCGUCAAGAUGCGCGCAAACGUUUGAUGGCGGCCAAGCGAGCUGCUUCAGUACGGCAGAACUCGGCCACAGAGAGCGCAGACAGCAUCGAGAUCUAUAUACCCGAGGCCCAGACCAGACUAUGAAACUGCCAAACAUGAAAACGCACUCACACACAAAUGCCCAGGUGCAGGAUUCCACCGUGAGCACAACACCUCACACAGAUCUAUAUCUGCCUAAUGCUAAGAUCACUGUAAAUUAGGAGCGCCACACACCAGCACCAUGAUAGCACAGAAGUAGUAAUUUGACCUUCCAUUAUUUAAUAAAUGACAACCAACAUAGAUGUACAUCAUAUUUCUAUGACCCCCAAGAUGUUAGGGAAAAAUGACUUGUUUAAUUUUACACAAAUGAAAACGAGGCUGUAGGUUGUACUGUGUUGUGGUCAAUCUAAUUUUCACAGCAUGUUGUUUUUUUUUUCUCAUGAAGCUUUUUGGAAAGACUUCAAAAAAGAAAUCCCAUUAAAUGUCCUGAACUUCCAGUAGUUGAAAUGGUCAAGGGACGUUAGUUUUGUUCUUUUUUUUUUUUUUUUUUUUUUUUUUUAUUAAUGCUCUUUAAAACAAUAAAAUUCUCUAAACAAUAAAACAAAAAGAAUUAUUUUAGAACAGCACUGCAUAAAAUGUUAAGACUUGUUUUCUUAGUUUAUAUCUUGAAUAAACACUACUGCUCAUAGGUUUGUGGAUGUUAAGAAUUUUAUUUGAUGGAAAAUACAGUAAAAACAUUAACAAAUAUUGUGAUAAAUGAUUACAAUUUAAAAUAACAAUUUGCUAUUUUUAUUUAUUUUAAAACGUAUUCCUGUAAUGGCAAAGCAGCCGUUAUUCCAGUCUUCAGUGAUUCUUCAGAAAUCAUUCUAAUAUGCUGAUUUGGUGCUCAAUAAAAAAAAAAAUCAUAUAAUGAUGUUGAAAACACUUGCUGAUUAUUUUUUUUGUGGAAACUGAUACUUUUUUUUUUUUUUACUUUGACGAAUAAAGUAAAAAAAAAAAAAAUGAUCUUUUGUAACAAUAUAGAUGACUUUACUCUCACUUUUGAUCAAUUUAAUGCAUCUUUGUGGAAUAAAAGUAAAAUUUAUUUAAAAAAAAAAAAAAAAAAAUCUUAACACUAAAGUUGUAAGAAUGCCAGUGUGGUUCCACAAAAUACAGUAGUAUAAAAGAUACAUUCUCUGCCAACAAGUCUUUCAUGUCUUAUACAGUGUUGCUUCUUAAUUUAUCUUGUUUCAAUGGUUUCUGGAUAUUUUAACUGGACAAUUAGACCAAAAUCCUCAUUAAGAGUAUGAUUUUUGCAGUGCUUAAUUAUAUACCACUGAAUAUAACUACUGACCUUUGCUUGUGCACAACAGCAUUUUUUACACCUCAAAACAGAACCUGACCAGCGCAGAACUGUCCCUUAUAGCCUCGCUUUUAUUUGUGUCAAAUGAACUAUGUGUACCUUGAAUAAGAUCUAUGACUGGAUUAUUCACAUGCACACUAUUUGGAGCGCAGCCAAUUUAUAUAUAUAUAUAUAUAUAUAUAUAUAUAUAUAUAUAUAUAUAUAUACACACACUUUUUUUAUGCAUGUGUGGUUACAUUCAGUUUGUUUGUAAGCACAUAUAAUCACGAUUACACGUGCACACGUUGUAACAACCUCUCAGAGCCAUUGGCUGACCUUCGUUCACCAUGUAUAUAAACAUGGGCAUAUACACGUAUAUACAGUUCUACACAAACUUACGACAAAUAAUUAAACAUAAGCGCAUUCACUCUGAGUCUAACAGGCUGGGUGUUUGUAAUAUAAUCUGUCUGUACCUUUUUACUUAAUGGUGGAAGGAAUGUUAUAGCAGGUUCAAUGUUUUACUUCUCCUGUCUUUCCCAUCUGUCUCUCUCUUACACACAGUUUUAAUCUGAUGAUCUGGAAAGAUGUGAUCACAGUGACUGAUGUUCCUAGCCAUGUGAAGUAGAUAAACCUUCUCUCUCAGACCCUCUUACCAUCUAGGAAAUACUGUAUCCUGUUAUCUUUAAGCAUUUCUGUUUUUUCCUCAGAAGAGCAGAAUUGCUUGCAGUUCCAUCCUUGCCCACACUCUCUCCUUUUUUACCUUUUUUUUUUGUGCAAUUGGAAAAUGAUGACCACAUAACAGGGUACUUUAAGCUAAAAGCAAUACUCAUGAGAAAUUCCAAUGUUGGUACAUUUUUUUUUGAUGUAGAGAUUCUGUCAAACUGAUUCAUUGCUGACGAAGAGAUGCCUUCACUAUUCUGUAGCCAUUUCUGUUCUUGUCGUUCUGAUGCUUGCUAUUGUGAACGCUUCUCAAUGGCCACUUUUGAACAGUUCUUCUUAUUUUAAAUCCUAUUUAGUCAUAUGUGGGACAUUUAGGUACAUUAUUAUAUUCUUUAGUGUAUAAAUACAAAUAAACUUACUAAUCAUUUUUCUAACAUAGAUUUGGGGCCUUCUGUGGAUUUUUAUGUAGACAAGUAGAGGCACUUCAAUGAGACAACUGCAAAAUAAAUAAAUAAAA